AUGCUCGAAGAUGAUGUACGAGCAGCCACCCAGCAAGUCUUGGUUGCCGGACAGGCAUCCAGAAGUGGUGCGAAAAGAAGUGCCAAACUUCCGGAUCCAAGACCAUCCGAUCGAAGGCAGGAAGGGCCAAGUCACCCGAAAAUGCCACCCUUCACACCCCUUUCCAUAUCCCAUGAGAAGCUUCUCCCUAUGAUCCAAGGCAUGUUCGAUUUCAGGUGGCCUAAACCCCUCGGAACGGACCCAUCCAGAAGAGAUCAUAGUAAAAAAUGUGCCUUCCAUAAGGAACAUGGUCACAUGACGGAGGCGUGCAGGUGCCUCCAGUAUUUAGUCGAAAAGCUUAUAAAGGCGGGACAUUUGAAGCAAUACCUCCGCUCAGAUGCUGGAGGUAGAGACGCUUCCCGAAAUCACAACUCUGGAGCCCCCACGGCUCCAGCCGCCCCCAAGGCCAUUAUAAACUAUAUUAAUGGAGAUGGGACAAUCAUUUUCCCACCAGUAGAUCCCACCCGGAUAUUGCAGCCGCACCGCGACGCCCUCAUCCUAUCCUUAGAGAUGGGAAAUUUUGACGUGAGACGCAUCUUGGUUGACCCGGGCAGCUCAGCCGAUCUUGUACAAGCAUCGAUCAUUAGCCACAUGGGACACAGUCUCACAGGCCUUGAAAAUCCUAGGCGAAUCUUGUCCGGAUUCAACGGGGCAUCAACUACUUCCUUGGGAGAUAUUGUACUGCCGGUCCAAGCUGGCCCAGUCGCUCUCAACAUGCAAUUUUCGGUGGUACAAGAUUUAUCACCCUUUAAUGUCAUCUUGGGGCGCACAUGGCUGCACUACAUGAAAUCCAUCCCCUCUACAUAUCAUCAAAUGGUAAGCUUCCUUACCAAGGAUGGACAAAUCAACCUAUACGACAACCAAUUAGUCGCUCGCCAAUGCUACCAAAUAGCGCGAGAAGCGGGGACCAGCCACGAGGAUAAACCCCUCCUUGAGUCCACCCAUACACUUGACCAAUAG